AUGCCAGAUACUACAUCUAUUCCCUCUUCUUCAGCUGGGCUAGAUGACAACGAAACGCUCAAGUUCCGCGCCCAAUACUUUGAACUAGAGAAGCUCGAAGCGGAUAGUAUUGCGGGAAGGAUGAUAAAGCGGUAUAAGCUAGACCAGUUCUACGAGCAGUUUGAGACUUUAGACGCCAAGAUUCGUUUACAGAGGCAAGGCACAGGUCGACGAGGGGUGCGUUACGAUUCCGUAGCAAAGGAAGUCCUGUUUGCUACCACAUACAUGCAAGAAUUAGGGCGAGAGCCCUUACGAGAAACCGACCGGGAGCUAUGGCAGAAGUUUGGCGAGAAACUAGAUAAAGGAAAGAGGUGGAAUAUGAUCAAACGUCGAAUUGGAAGUAUCGGCAUCUUUGGUUUGCUUCCGAAUAGCUCCGACCCUGACACGUUUAUUGAGCAACGCUUAACCCAAGCGCGGGUGGGCCAAUGGAUUGAGAUGGUGGCCGCAUGUAACGAGGAUGCUAGGGCGAUGGCUACGAGGAUGGAACCGCUGUAUAUGGCAUGUGUUCAAGGUCAUCCUCCACCGGAUGAAUUUAGCUUCCUAGAGCAGGUCGACAACGUGAACCAAUCGGUGAAGCCGCUAGUGUUUCUUACUCGGGCAAAUAUAGAAGAGGUGCAAGAUAUAGAGGAAUUGGAGUAUGGGUCUAUUGAAGGCGAGGACGUGAUUGAAUAG